CGUAUUCUUUAAAUUCAACUAAUUAAAGGCUUCGUCCAGGGCAAUGGACUCUGCUCAUUUAAUAUUUGGUAUUUGGUUUCCUGAGCAAAGCCUUUCAGGGACGUCUUGAUGCUUUUGGAUUUUUUUGUGAGUAGUUCUGAAACUUUAAACCUUUUCCACAUCGUGUCACAGCACUUUCGCAGCCUUAUGAAUGUAUUUUUUAAUUACUAUUUUGUGAAAACAGUCAUAACAAGAGAAUAAGUCAUUGUGAUGUUGCUGUUUAUGACACAAUGACGGUCCGUUCUAGAAGUCCGUCAUGAUCUGUGAUCUGAGAGAGCACAAGUCUCACACAACAAGAGAAACUCACUGAGAAACACAAAACACAAAUACAAAGAGUACAAGUUCUCAAACUAAAAAGCAAAGAUGAGUGAGAUCAGCUCGGUGUAUAAUGAGCUCCGUCUGGAACAACAGCUUUGCGAUGCUUUGAUCAGAGUGGACAACGAAGAAUUUCAAGCGCACAAAAUCAUCCUCUGUAAUUGCAGUUCGUACUUCAGAGCUCUCUUCACUCACUGGUCGAGUCCGGACAGUCGGGUUUUUGAAAUUCACAAUGUGACGCCUGACAUGAUGAAGAUCAUCAUCGAGUUUGCCUACAACAACUCUGUUUCUGUGACCAACGAGAAUGUACAAGAACUUUUUAUAGCAGCAGAUCGGUUCAAUGUAACGGGCAUCACACAGGCAUGCUGUGACUUCCUGGAGGAGCAUCUGACCCCAGAGAACUGCAUCGGCAUCUGGUGGUUCACAGACGUCUAUUACUACCCCGAAAUGAAACACAAGGCCUUCCUCUUCACACUAUAUCACUUUGAGGAGGUUGUUGCCACCUCAGAAGACUUCCUGCAGCUCUCUGUGGAGGAACUUGUUAAAAUCAUUGAGAAUGACUUGCUCAAUGUAAAGCAGGAGAAGAUGGUGUUUGAGGCUAUCCUCCACUGGAUUGCAUAUGCGCCUGAGGAACGCACAGAUUACAUCUCUCUGCUUUUGUCUAAUGUCAGGCUGGCUUUAAUGAGUCCAACAUAUAUCACAGACAAUGUGAGCAACAACGAAGUGGUGAAGGCGAGUGAAGAGUGUCGACCGAUUCUCCUCAAGACCAUGCAGGCCAUGCUCGACCUCAGAACAAAAAUUUUCUCUGACUCUGUUUUCUUUAACCCUUUGGCCCGUCCACGUCUGCCUCCUGCCAUCCUGUUGGCCAUUGGAGGCUGGAGUGGUGGCAAUCCCACCAAUGGCAUUGAGGCGUAUGAUGUCCGUGCUGACCGCUGGGUCAAUGUAACUAACAAUGAGGAGGGUCCAAGGGCCUACCAUGGUGCUGCUUUCCUCAAUGGAUCAGUUUACUGUGUCGGCGGCUUUGACAGUGUCGAACAGUUCAGCAAUGUGCACAAGUUUGAUCUGAGCAUGCAAACCUGGCAGGAGGUGGCACCGAUGCAUUCCAGCCGCUGCUAUGUCAGCGUUACUGUGAUGGACGGGUGCAUCUACGCCAUGGGAGGUUUUGAUGGACAUGAUCGACUCGAAACUGCUGAGCGCUAUCAGCCCAACACCAACCAGUGGACUGUAAUUGCACCCAUGCACGAGAAGAGGAGUGACGCCAGUUGCACAACCCUCCACAACAAGGUGUACAUUUGUGGUGGCUUCAAUGGGAACGAGUGCCUGUCCACAGCUGAAUGUUACAACCCAGAGACCGACGAGUGGACAGUCAUCUCCUCCAUGGGCAGCAGACGCAGUGGAAUUGGGGUCAUCACCUACGCAGACCGAGUCUUUGCAGUUGGUGGUUUCAAUGGAACCAGCCGUCUACGCACUGCUGAGGCCUACAACCCUCACACCAACACCUGGCACUCUGUGCCCUCCAUGCUGGGCACACGCAGUAACUUUGGCAUCGCAGUGAUCGACGACCGCCUCUUCGUGGUCGGGGGCUUCAACGGCUUUACCACCACCUUUGACGUUGAGUGCUACGAUGUCGAAGCUGGUGAGUGGUCUGCUGUCCGUGACAUGGAGAUCUCUCGCAGUGCUCUGAGCUGCUGCGUGGUGCACGGAUUCCCCGACAUGGCCGAGUACGCUGCCCCUCGUUACCAAAUGCAAUUCUCUGAUGAGGAGGAGGAGGAAGCAGCGCAUUGAUGAAGAUCCAUCUGACCAUGAGUUAUAUUGUUCUGUAAAUAAAUUUCUCUACACAUCAAAUCACAGCUGUGCUAUUGUUAAUCAAGUGAUUGCAAAGAUUAUCAGCUUGUAUGACCACUUAACAAGACUGUGUACAAGCCCCCGUGACCUUUGACCUCUUGUUGAGUAGUGAAGGGAAGGAGGAAAGUUUCUCUCUGCUCAUGCUGCGUGCGUCCACAUGUUUUGUCGCUGGAUUUGGUGUGUCUGCACCAUUACAGUGUAGUGGCGUUCUGCGCUUUAGGGUAGAGGUACUGUGAGUAAGACCCAUUUCCAUGUACAUUAUGGCACAUCAGUAUUUUAUUGAGACAGACUAGAAAAAAAACAAAAGCUAUCCUUUAAAUCUGACUUUGAGGUGUGUACCUAUGGGCAUAUGUGAUAUCACAACUAAUCAUUCAGUCUAAUAUGCAACUUACACUGAUGUGAUGUGGAAACUUGAACACACAUUGAAGCACAUAAGGAACUUUUCAGUGAAGUAGGAGUUUAAUUAGCUAAUUAAACAACAGCCAGUCAGAUCAGGAGAUCAACUGCCUGUGCAGUGGCAGCACACACCUUACUUUCACAAGUUUUGGGUUUUUUAAAUGUAUUGUGGGAGUUGAAUGGAUUUGUGGUAUGUUUACCAAGAUAAUUUAUAUUUGGAAUUGCAAUAAAGAUUCAUUGG